AUGUCCUCGCAUACCGAAAUCAUCACCGUGGACAAAACAGAGCAAGCCGCCUCUCCCAAAUGGAGGACGCUGCCAGCCGAGAUCCAGAGCAUGAUCUGGCGCUGGGCGGUUCGUCCGACGCACCUGACUAUUUUCAGCACCUUUGACCAGGGCAUGCUCGAAAACGACGACAUCACCUGGGAGGAACUCGAAGGUUGGCUCGUGGGAUGGGACUUUGAGUUCCUGGGCGAAAAGAUUGCGCGCAGAUUCGGCUGCGUGAAGCGCGAUGGCAGACCAUUCGCCUACUUUGUCGCCAAUCCCCCGCCCGUGUACAGAGUUUGCCGCGAGUCCUGCGCGCUUCUCCGGAAACACUAUGACCUGAAGCCGGCGACGCCCCCCGGCACGACGACGACGACGACGACGACAACGACGACGAUACCGUCGCCGGAUGAUCUCGACGAGAUGGAGCCACCGUCGCUGCUCGAAGCCGCGCUACCGCCCUGGUUCGACCUGAGAAACGACGUGGUCCAGCUGCUGUACCACGACAUUGAGGGCAUCCUCACGCCCAGCGCGCCACUCGGCGGCCUCUUGCUGCCCGUCCGACGCCUCCGCAUCGCCAUGCACCUCAGCCUCUGGCAGCGCACCGCGGCCGCGAAUUUCAACGACAUCAUCGUGGCCCCGGAGCGCCUCCUCCGCGUCAUGUACGAGAUCAAGUACGGCAUGCCAGACCUGCGCGAGAUCACCUUUGUCGUGGCCGGCCGCGGGCCGGAACCGUGGUGGGCCAACCGCACCGCCGUGACCGUCCUCCACUGGUACGACGUCUUUGAGCAGUGGUGCCUGGGCGGCUCCGUCAGGAGCGGCCCGCUGGCGCCGCCGGCGUCGUCGAUACGCGUCGUUCAUCGCCACUCCGACGGCACCGAGGAGGAGUGGCUGAACAGGGACAACUUUCUCAGCGUGAUGCAGAAGCAGCUCAAGCAGGAGAUGCCGGCGGUGCCGGAGCCGGACGGGCCGGGCUUGCAGGAGCUGAUGGAGCAGCAGGCGAUGCUGGAGAGCUACUAUCCCAAGUACAGGGACAUUUUGAGGGCCACGGAGCAGGAGCUGGCGAAUCCGGCGGCGUUUUUGAAAGCACACCAGGCGCUGUGGCAUGCUCCAAAUCUCCAGCUUCCCUUUUGA